CAACAUUUGUUUAUACCGUACUAAUCAAUGAUAAAGUACAAUUACCAUGUGAUAUACAACCACCAACAAUGGAUGAUCAAAUUGUUUUGGUUCUUUGGUAUAAAGAUGAUGAGCUGGCACCAAUACUUACGUUGGAUGUUCGUAAAAAUCAAUUGGAUCCAGGUGCAGUUCAAGUUUCAGCAUCCAAUUUGAGAGGUCGUGCCUAUUUCAAUGUACAUGGUAGACCAGCACAUUUAUCAAUCGAUCCAGUUGCUGCAUCCGAUGAAGGUGAUUAUCGUUGUCGUGUUGAUUUUCGUAAAGCACGUACAAUUAAUACAGUGAUUUCAUUAAAAGUGAUAAUUCCACCACAAGUGCCAAAAAUUACCGAUCAAGAUGGAAAUUAUUUAACCGGUUUAGUUGGUCCAUAUAAUGAAGGUGAUGAAUUAACAUUAACUUGCCUUACAAAAGGUGGAAAACCACGACCAUCAUUAAUAUGGUGGCGAGAUUAUGCAAUCAUUGAUGAUUCAUUUGAAUUUGAUGAUCGUGACGGUAUGCAUUUUGUUAAUGAAUUUGAAAAAACAUCUUAACUAGAGAAUAAA